AAUACAGACUAACUUGGAGCCGUAUACAUUUGGAAAUCCGUGGAAUAUACCGAGGCAACUUCCAACAUGGCGACUUAUCGUCAGGAUAGAGCGCCUCCAGGAGGUUACAAGGACAUUGACUGGACCAGAGUUACAAGAAAAAGAGUUAGUGGUGUUAAAAUACUUGGAGGCAUACUUGCAAUGAAAGCAGUAGGCUUCACUUGGUUGUACUUUGUACAAAAAAAACAGAGGUUAGAAUGGGUUGAAGAAUACGACAGUAGAGUAGCACUUGUACCCUUCAUCACUGCAGAAUCGGAUAGAUUAAAUUUGAAGCAGUUUAUGAACAUGAGAGCUGAGGAGAAAGAUAUCAUGAAGGACAUACCAAACUGGGAUUUGGGCAAAUGGAAGGGAGAGAAAGUAUACCAUAACGAACAGAAUAUGUUUGAUGCAAUGAUGCAAAAUGAGAGGUCUUUACACGAGGACAAAGUUAGUUUUAGAGAAAGAAUUCGGACAUGGAGGGGUUUAAACCCAAUUUAA